UGUCCAAACCUUCUUAGCUCAGCCUCUGUACACUCUCACUCCCAAUGCGAUUUCCCAUCAUGAUAAACGUUGUAGCCGUAUGCCUCGUCCUCUCCACCCUGGCCGCCGCCGGCGUCUGGUCGCCAGCGCCUCCGCCGCCGGCCCAGCAGCACGGUGAGCAUGUCCUCCGUGAGGGCCGCCGCGUCGUCAUCGUCGAGUACGAGCGCGAGCUCCCGCUCACCCCGGGCCAGGGCUCCGCCAAAGAGACGCACGUCUUGCCCCCUCACGCUCUUGACGGCGUCGAGGCGAAAGAAACGGUGUCGGAGGAGGCCAGGGGAGCCGUCUCCAACGCGGCGGACAAGGUGGCUGGCGCGGCGGAGGAUGGCAAGGAGAAGCUGUCCAAUGCCAAGGAGAGCGCCACGGGCAAGGUGUUCGGCGCGGUGAAGCGCUGCAAGGACAGGCUCUGCGGCGCGGCCAAGGGGUUGGAGGAGGGCGCGAGAGACGGGGUCUCGCGCGUCAGAGAUGGCGCCGAGGACGUGGCGAGAGACGCCGGGGAGACGCUCUCUGGUGCCAAGGACAAAGCGGAGGACAAGGUGUUCGACGCUGCAUCAGAGGCGAAGGGCGCUGCGAUGAGUGCCAAGGACAAGGUCUCCGAAGCAGCCGGUGGAGCCAAGGAGAAGGCAGCACACAUCAAGGAUGGAGCGGCUGGAACCGUGAGGAGUGCCAAGGACAAGGUCUCUGAAGCAGCCGGUGGAGCCAAGGAGAAGGCGUCGCACGUGAAGGACCGAGCAGCUGAGACAGUGACCAGUGCCAAGGGCAAGGUCUCUGAAGCUGCAAGGAACGCCAAAGACAAGGUGUCUGACAUUGCAGAGCGUGCAGAGGAUUACGCCGAGGAUGCCGCAGAGAGCGCGGCCGAGAAGGUGGCGCGGGCCGAGGAGGUCGCCAAGGCGAAGGCCGGCGAGGUGACCAAGAACCUGACGGACAUCGCGAGGCGGGCCCAGGAGGUGGCAUCCGAUGCAGCGGGAUACCUGCUCGGCGCGCCCAUGGAGGCCGCGCGCACCGCGACGGCGGUGAUGCACCUGCUGGGGUUCGCCACGGCCUACGGCGCGUGCGUGUGGGUGACGUUCGUGUCGAGCCACGUCCUCGCUGCGUCGCUGCCCCGGCAGCAGCUCGGCGUGGUGCAGAGCAAGCUGUACCCGGUGUACUUCCGCGCCAUGGCGUACUGCGUCGGCCUGGCCCUGGCGGCGCACCUGCUCGGCCGCGAGAGGAGCUCCUUCGCGGCGCGCGCCCAGAGCUUCAACUUGCUCAGCGCGCUGGGACUGGUCCUCGCCAACAUGCUGCUUCUCGAGCCAAAAGCCACCAAGGUGAUGUUCGAGAGGAUGAAAGUGGAGAAGGAAGAAGGCAGAGGAAGGGACAUGUCCGACAUCGUCGACCCGCCGGCCGUCACCGUGGCCACGGCCGCCACGGCCACCACAGCCACCCCCACGGCAGCAGGAGCCCGUAGCCCGGUGGACGGCACGACGGGAACCGUCAGGGCGGCGAAGACCACGACGACGACGACGACGUCGGUGACGGCGCCCGACGCGGAGAUGGCCAAGAGCAAGGUGGUGAGGCUGAACAAGCGGCUGAAGCAGCUCAACAGCUACUCGUCCCUGUGCAACGUGCUGUCCCUGAUGGCCCUGACGUGGCACCUCGUUCACCUGGCUCGCCGCCUGCAGAUGAGCACGGCCUGCUAGGCUUCGUCGUCUCCGUGCGAAUGGCUGUAGUCUUCGAUGUAGCUUUGCUUUCGUGUUUCAUGUAGUGUGGUCUGACACGUGUGUGGUUGCUCGGUGUGUUUGAGCAACCACUCUGUAGAUUUAGGCAUCGUGUUCCCUCCGGUGUACUAGGAUGGUAUCUCAAUGUUAGCUUUGUUGUAGUCC